AUGAGGAAGCAGCAGCUGUUCUUGGCGGCCUUGACGAUGAUAAUAAUCCUGCACGCACGUCGGGCGACGUCGAGCGGGAGGAUGGUCGAUGUUAAAAAUGAGCUGAGCCAUAAGAUUCUGAUAGCACACUGUGGAUCCAAGGACGAUGAUCUCGAAGGUCACGUCGUCCUCGUCGGCUCGAGCUUGCGUUGGGGGUUCGGGGCAGUUCGUGAUACAUUGUAUUGGUGCAACAUGGCUGUGGAAGACAGACGUCUUUCCUUCACCGCAUAUGAUGGAAAUGAUCGCCACAUUUCCCGUCACGAUGUUUCCUGGGCUGUGAGGGAUGAUGGAGCUCAUCUGUUGAAUCGGGAUGGUUCUGAAGAACAAUCCUACCGGCGAGAGUGGAGUAAUAAUAAUGGUUAA